AUGGAGGAAAUAGCUACUGAUGAUGGAGACAGUGAUCCACUUUGUCCUAAAUAUCAGUACUCGCAGGAGAUGCAUAAGGAGAUUUGCAAACAAUGGAAAAAAGCAUUGAUUGUAAAGCUGCUUGGGAAACGAGUAGGGAUCAAAUUCUUCAUAGCAAGACUUGAUAAGAUGUGGAGCCUGAAAGGAGCACGUGAAUUUAUUGAUAUGAAAAACGGAUACUUGCUGGUGAGAUUUGCAGAUGAAGAAGAUUAUACUCAUGUAUUUCAAGAAGGUCCUUGGAUCAUUGUUGGUCACUAUGUGAUUGUCCAACGAUGGAGACCAUUUUUUGAUCCUUAUGAUGAGACGUUCAAGAAGCUAGCAGUAUGGAUGAGGAUUCCAAGAUUGCCCAUUGAAUUCUACACAUCACACCACUUGUGGCAAAUAGGCAAUUUAUUUGGGAAGACCCUGAAAAUUGAUCACAACUCAAUUCGUACAAGAAGCUCAGGUGAGGAAGAAACAACAAGAGCUAAAUUUGCUCGCAUUUGUGUUGAGGUGGAUCUUCGGAAGGGAUUCUUAUCGAAAUUUAAAAUCGCGAAGCAUACAUUCCAUGUAGCUUAUGAGGGUCUACACAUGAUAUGUUUUGCGUGUGGGAGAUAUGGUCAUCGAAAGGAUCAAUGUGGUGGUAGUAUUCCUAAUGCUGACCAGCAACCGACACCAAUCAUGACACAUUCUGUACAGAAGAACAUCAGGCAGGAAGUGGCAGAUGAGGCGAGUGCUUUUGGCAGUUGGAUGAUUGUGCAGAAACCGACAAGAGGUCGCAGGGCAAGGGUUUCGCCGGAGAUCGUUACGCAACCAACAAUAAUUAAGACUCCAACUGUAACGACAACAGUAUCCCAAUCAAAGCAAAUCAAUGCCAAUAAUUCAAAAAGCAAAUCCCAGGCAAUAAUUAGGGAGGAGCCGUUAAACAAAGAAAAAGGAAAUGUUACGAUAGCAUUAAAGAAGAAUGAGAAAUCUCAUCAAUCACAGCCUAUGAUUGGGGGAUCAUGCUUUGAUGCUCUCAAGACAGUUACAGAUGGUGUAGAGGUUGAAGCGGUUAUUCAGGAUGGUAUUGAGGAAAAUUGCAAUAAAGAAGGUGGUGUUCAGAAUCUGGUGAAGGAAUUAAAAAAUGACAAUACACGUGGAAGGAAAACAGUUUCUAAGGAAGAUCCAUCUGUCACUAGAGACCUUAGUCAGCCCACUUUGACCAAGAAAAAUAACAAAAAUUUGCGUGGAACUUUAUCCCUUGCCCUGAAAGCUAAAUCCCAUAUUAUGAAGAACACUAGCAGUUCUCGACAGCAAAAACUGGGGUCCGCUACAGGUGCUGGGACUAAAGGCUUUGAGGCAGCUUUGAUCUUACCGCCACCUAAUGGAGGAAAAGCUGAGACGACAGUUGAAGAAGGGGUGCCUGAAGACAAGCCACUUGAUGCUCUCGAUCCAAUGUUGCAGGAUAAGGGAAGUGCCAAGGAUGCACAAAUGUUGGGAAAUACCAUUGUUUCUGGUGGCAGUAAAAUGGUUUUCUCAUGGAAUUGUAGAGGGCCUGGGAGAAAGGGCUUCUGUCCCCUUGUUAGAGAUCUUAUUAGUAAAUUUCAGAUUAAAGUUUGUUGCUUAUUAGAACCUCGAAUAAGUGGUCAACGUGCCACUAGGGUUAUUCGUAACCUAGGUUUACCUAGCUUUUUCCUUCAUGAUGCAGUGGGAUUUUCAGGAAGUAUAUGGUUGCUUUGGGAUCCAUCAGUUGUCAGGUUAGAGAUUGUGCAGUCCCACUUUCAAUUCAUUCAUACCAGAAUUUCUUGGAUCCAUGAGCAUAAAGAGGAGUUCAUCACCUUUGUUUAUGGUAGUCCUCGAAGACAAGAGCGUAGACAAUUGUGGGAGAAUCUAAACCAGCUGAGAAACACAGUUACUCUGCCGUGUAUGCUCAUGGGGGAUUUUAAUUCCUACAUCCAUUCCAGUGAAAAGUUUGGGGGAGGGGAACCAGAUUGGCGCAGCAUACAAGACUUUAAUGAUUGCCUCUUGUCUUGUAGCCUGGCGGAUGUAGGCUAUCAAGGUCCUAAAUUCACUUGGCAACUAGGCAGAUUGCAAGAAAGAUUGGAUAUGGUGGUUGCUAAUGACAUCUAG